AUGGCAGAAAUAGUUUUCCCUCCAGUUGCCGCCCCAAUCCUCAAUGGCACAGAUGAAGGACUCAUCAGUCUGGAAUUGAAGGAUGGCACAAUUUAUCAAGGAUAUAGUUUUGGUGCGCAGAAGAGUGUCGCAGGAGAAUUGGUCUUCCAGACAGGUAUGGUGGGGUACCCAGAAUCAAUCACUGACCCUUCAUACCGUGGACAAAUUUUGGUCAUUACGUUCCCUUUGGUGGGUAAUUAUGGUGUACCAUCUCGAGAGACCAUGGAUGAACUCCUCAAGGAUCUGCCAGCACAUUUCGAAGCAUCUCAAAUCCACAUUGCAGGUUUGAUUUGCGCUUCGUACGCGGGCGAAGAGUUUUCUCAUUUCCUCGCAACCUCCUCUUUGGGAACAUGGUUGAAAGAGCAAGGUGUCCCAGCAAUCUAUGGUGUUGAUACCAGAGCUUUAACCAAGAGAAUACGAGAAGAGGGUAGUAUGCUUGGACGAAUGUUGUUGCAAAAGAACAUUCCUGCCAAUGGAAACAACAACAUCUCUACUUUAUCCACCAAGGAUUGGAGAUCAUCAUUCGAAGCAAUUGACUGGGUGGAUCCCAAUGCCAAGAACCUUGUCGCAGAUGUAUCAAUUCGCGAGCCAAAAUUAUACAAACCUGAUCCUUCGAAUGCGUUGAAACAUCCUUCUGGUAGACCUAUACGUGUGUUGUGUUUGGAUGUUGGUUUGAAAUAUAACCAAUUGCGUUGUCUUGUAAAGCGUGGUGUGGAAGUUCUCGUUUGCCCAUGGGAUUAUGAUUUCCCAGCUCUCGCCGGCAAGGAUUAUGAUGGUCUAUUCAUCUCCAACGGUCCCGGUGAUCCAGCCAUGAUGGACAAAACUGUCAAGCACAUUCAGUCUGCUUUAAAGGAGAAUCGAACACCAAUCUUCGGUAUCUGCCUUGGACACCAACUUCUCGCUAGAGCUGCUGGUGCUCAAACCGAAAAGAUGAAGUUCGGUAAUCGUGGACACAACAUCCCAUGUACCAACAUGUUGACGGGAAAAUGUCAUAUCACAUCCCAAAAUCACGGUUUCGCUGUCCAAACUAGUUCCUUGCCUUCGGAAUGGGAGGAACUUUUUGUCAAUGCCAAUGAUGGAAGUAACGAGGGUAUCAGACAUGCCAACAGACCAUACUUCAGUGUUCAAUUCCAUCCAGAAAGUACUCCUGGACCAAGGGAUACUGAAUUCCUCUUUGAUGUCUUUAUCAACACUAUCCAAAAGACUCUCGAUGACGAGAAAUUUCUCACCGCACCAGUUGUUUUCCCCAGUGGAGAGAAAGCUGAGAACGAGAAGCUUACACCUAAGGUCAACGUCAAGAAAGUCCUUGUCUUGGGUAGUGGCGGUCUCAGUAUUGGUCAAGCAGGUGAAUUCGAUUACUCUGGAAGUCAAGCUAUCAAGGCUCUUAAGGAGGAAGGAAUCUAUACCAUCUUGAUCAACCCUAACAUCGCUACAAUUCAAACUUCCAAGGGAUUGGCUGAUAAGGUUUACUUCCUUCCUGUCACAGCUGAUUUUGUUCGCAAGGUCAUCAAGCAUGAAAAACCUGAUGCAAUUUACGUCACAUUUGGUGGUCAAACUGCUUUAUCCGUCGGUAUUCAACUCAAGGAUGAAUUUGAAGAACUCGGAGUUCGCGUGCUCGGUACCCCAAUUUCCACUGUCAUCACUACUGAAGAUCGUGAGUUGUUCGCUCGAAGUAUGGAGUCGAUUGGUGAAAAAUGUGCCAAAUCCGCUUCAGCAAACAACGUCGACGAGGCUAUGCACGUCGUAAAGGAUAUUGGCUUCCCAGUUAUCGUUCGUGCCGCGUAUGCUUUAGGAGGUCUUGGGAGUGGUUUUGCAGACAAUGAGCAAGAAUUACUUGAACUUUGCAACAAAGCAUUCGCCGCUAGUCCUCAAGUUUUGAUCGAGCGAAGUAUGAAGGGAUGGAAGGAAAUUGAGUACGAGGUUGUCCGUGAUUGUCGCGACAACUGUAUCACAGUUUGUAACAUGGAGAACUUCGAUCCCUUGGGUAUUCACACUGGAGACUCAAUUGUUGUUGCUCCUUCCCAAACAUUAUCCGAUGAGGAUUACAACAUGUUGAGAACCACAGCUGUCAAUGUCAUUCGCCAUCUUGGAGUUGUUGGAGAAUGUAACAUUCAAUACGCACUCAACCCUGACUCUAAGGAAUACUGCAUUAUCGAAGUCAACGCUAGAUUGUCAAGAUCUUCAGCCCUCGCAUCUAAGGCUACUGGAUACCCAUUGGCUUUCAUUGCCGCAAAACUCGGUCUUAACAUUCCCCUCAACGAAAUUAAGAACUCAGUCACUCAACAGACCUGUGCUUGUUUCGAACCAUCUUUGGAUUAUGUCGUUGUUAAGAUGCCACGUUGGGAUUUGAAGAAAUUCACUCGUGUUUCUACACAACUUGGUUCAUCGAUGAAGAGUGUCGGUGAAGUCAUGAGUAUUGGAAGAACUUUCGAAGAAGCUAUUCAAAAAGCAAUUCGUGCUAUCGAUUUCCACAAUUUGGGUUUCAGUGCAACCAAGGCUUUAAUGUCUAUUGAUGAUGAACUCCAAACACCUUCCGAUCAACGUCUCUUUGCCAUUGCCAAUGCUAUGCAAUCUGGUUACUCUGUUAACAAGAUUUGGGAAAUGACAAAGAUUGAUAAAUGGUUCUUGAACAAGUUGAAAGGAUUGAAUGACUUCAGCAAACACAUGUCAACCUUCAACACUAGCACCAUCUCAUAUGACCAAAUCAAACAAGCCAAGCAACUUGGAUUCUGUGAUAGACAAUUGGCCAAAUUUUGGGACUCCACAGAACUUGCUGUUAGAUUGUUGAGAACCGAAGCUGGUAUUGUCCCAGUUGUUAAGCAAAUUGAUACCGUUGCUGCCGAGUUCGAGGCUCAUACCAACUAUCUUUACAUGACCUACAAUGGAUCUGAGAGCGAUAUCUCUUUCAAUGACCACGGUGUCAUGGUUCUCGGUUCAGGAGUUUACAGAAUUGGCUCUUCUGUCGAAUUCGAUUGGUGUUCCGUUCGUGCUAUUAGAACUCUUCGGGAAUCUGGUUUCAAGACUGUCAUGGUCAACUAUAACCCUGAGACCGUCAGUACUGAUUAUGAUGAAGCCGACAGAUUGUACUUUGAGAACAUCAACCUCGAAACUAUUCUCGAUAUUUAUGAAUUGGAGUCUUCAAGUGGUGUUCUCAUUGCUAUGGGAGGUCAGACACCAAACAACAUUGCUCUUCCACUUCAUCGACAGAAUGUCAAAAUUCUCGGAACAUCACCAGAAAUGAUUGAUACUGCCGAGAAUCGUUUCAAAUUCUCUCGUAUGCUUGACGGUAUUCAUGUUGAUCAACCAACAUGGAAAGAAUUGACUAGUUUCGAGGAUGCUAAAACAUUCUGUAACAAAGUCUCUUAUCCAGUGCUUGUUAGACCUUCAUAUGUACUUUCAGGUGCAGCUAUGAACACUGUUUACUCUGAACCAGAUCUUGAAGCUUAUCUUGCUCAAGCUGUUGAGGUUUCAAGAGAUCAUCCAGUCGUUAUCACCAAAUAUAUUGAAAAUGCAAAGGAAAUUGAGAUGGAUGCUGUUGCAAAGGAUGGUGUUAUGGUUGGCCACUUUAUCUCUGAGCAUGUCGAAAAUGCCGGUGUGCAUUCCGGUGAUGCUACUCUGAUCUUACCACCUCAAGAUCUCGACCCUACUACCAUCAAGAGAAUUGAAGAAGCCACCCGCUUGAUUGGUAAAGCUCUUAACAUCACUGGUCCUUAUAACAUUCAAUUUAUCGCCAAGGACAAUGAUAUCAAGGUCAUCGAAUGUAAUGUUCGUGCAUCUAGAUCGACUCCAUUCGUUUCAAAGGUCAUGGGUGUUGAUCUUAUUGAAAUGGCUACCAAAGCUAUCAUGGGUGUACCAUUCAUGCCAUACCCACCUACCGAAUUGCCUGCAGGCUGCGUUGGUGUUAAAGUACCUCAAUUCAGUUUCUCUCGACUUUCUGGUGCUGAUCCAGUUCUUGGUGUUGAGAUGGCUUCUACUGGAGAAGUUGCUUGUUUCGGUCGUGAUAAGUAUGAGGCCUACAUUAAAGCAUUGAUCUCUACUGGAUUCAAGCUACCAAAGCAAAACAUUCUUCUGUCUAUUGGUUCAUACAAGGAUAAGAAGGAAAUGCUUCCAUCUGUUGUCAAGCUUCAAAAGAUGGGUUACAAACUCUUCGCUACAGCUGGUACCGCAGAUUUCUUACAAGAACAUGAUGUUCCAGUUCAAUACCUCGAAAUUCUCGGAAAGGGUGAGGAUGACCAAAAAUCCGAAUACUCUUUGACUCAACAUCUUGCCAACAACAUGAUUGAUCUUUACAUCAAUCUUCCUUCCAGCAACAGAUAUAGAAGACCUGCAAACUAUAUGAGUAAGGGUUACCAAACUAGGCGUAUGGCUGUCGAUUACCAAACACCUUUGGUAACCAAUGUCAAGAACGCCAAGAUCCUUAUCGAAGCCAUUGCAAGACAUUAUGAUAUGGAAGUCAGCGGAUUUGAUGCUCAAACCAGUCACCGAACUGUUGUUCUUCCUGGUCUUAUCAACAUUGCAUCCUUCGUUCCUGGCAUUACCACUCCUGGUAGCCGUGAUUUCCAAACUGUCACCAAAGCAUCAAUCGCAUCUGGUUUCAGUAUGAUUCGUGUUAUGCCUCUUGGUCUUGAUGGAGCAGUUACUGAUGCUAGAGCAUUAAAGGUAGCCCAACUCAACAGCAAACUUGGUUCAUCUUGCGAUUACAAUUUCUCUGUUGCCGCUACUUCUUCCAACGCCGAUCAAAUUAGUCAAGUCACUGGUGAAGUUGGUUCUCUCUUCAUCCCAUUCAAUCACUUGUCCGAUAACAUCAGCAAGGUAGCUGCUGUUACCGCUCAUUUUGAAUCUUGGCCAUCUUUCAAGCCAAUCAUCACUGAUGCAAAGAUGACCGAUCUUGCAUCAAUCCUUCUUCUCGCAAGUCUCCAUAGCAGAAAGAUUCACAUCACCAAUGUCACCACCAAGGAUGAUAUUGGAUUGAUUGAUUUGGCUAAGCAAAAGGGUCUUCAAGUCACUUGUGAUGUUGCAGUCUACGCUCUUUUCUUCAGUCAAGAUGAUUACCCUGAAGCUUCCUUCCUUCCAACUGCCAAGGACCAAGCAGCAUUAUGGGAACACAUGAACAUCAUUGAUGUCUUUUCCAUUGGUAGCUUACCAUAUCAACUUGCAACUAUUGCAAAGGCAGAGGCAGACGCUGCUGUUGGUAUUGCUGACACUUUGCCUCUAUUGUUCUCAGCUGUUGCAGAUGGUAGACUUACUGUCGAUGAUAUUAAGGCUCGUCUCCAUGAUAAUCCAAAGGAGAUCUUUGAAAUUCACGAUCAAGUCGGAGCUUCCGUAGAGAUUGAGAUUGAUAGACCACACACUGUUAAGCCAGGAGCUGUUUGGUCACCACUUGUUGGAAAGGUUACAAGAGGAGCUGUUCAAAGAGUCAUCUUCCAAGAUAAGACUGCUUGUCUAGAUGGUUUACCAACUCAAGAUGCUAUUGAUGGUAAAGAUAUGUCAUCUCACCUUAUUGAUUUGCAUACAGCACCACAAUCACCACUUGUCAAGGCUCAUCUUGGAUCCCCAGCUAUGGGACCAAGACCUGAUAGCUCCCAUGGAUUAAGAAAGUUCUCUUCAUUUGCUGGUACAUCAUCUUCAGCUAUGCGACCUGCAACUCGUUCAAGGUUUUUGGAUGGUGCUGCCAAUCAAGCACCACAAUUUGGUUCAAUAGCUGAAGAUUUGGGUGCUCCAUUAUACCCUCAACCAACCAUCUCACCAUCUCUACAAACCCUCCUUGGUCAAUCACCAUUCAAGAAUCAACACGUUCUAUCAGUUAAUCAAUUCUCCCGUCAAGAUCUUCAUUUACUUUUCUCUGUUGCUCAAGAAAUGAGAUUGGGUGUUCAACGUGAAGGUGUUCUUUCCAUCCUCAAGGGACGUCUUCUUUGCACAAUGUUCUACGAACCAUCUACUCGCACGUCUGCAUCAUUUGAUGCUGCUAUGCAAAGAUUGGGAGGACGAACAGUUGCAAUUGCUACUUCUCAUUCUUCCACUGUCAAGGGUGAAUCACUUGCAGAUACCAUCCGUACUCUUGGUUGUUAUGGAGAUGCUAUUGUCCUUCGCCACCCUGAAGAGAGCAGUGCUACCACUGCUGCCAAGUUCUCACCAGUUCCAAUCAUCAACGGAGGCAAUGGAAGCAAAGAACACCCAACUCAAGCAUUCUUGGAUUUGUUCACAAUCAGAGAAGAAUUGGGUACUGUUGGUGGUCUUACUAUUACCUUUACUGGUGAUCUUAGAUAUGGUCGCACUGUUCACUCUCUCGUCAAGCUUCUUCAACAUUAUGAUGUUCACAUUCAGCUUGUCUCUCCACAAGCUUUAUCCCUCCCACAAGAAAUCUUGGCACUUAUCAAAUCUAAGCCUGGUCAAUUACUUUCAGUUUCUACUGAGUUGACCCCAGAGAUCCUUGCUAGAUCCGAUGUCCUUUACUGUACUCGUGUCCAAAAGGAACGAUUUGCCGAUUUGGAAGAGUAUGAAAGAUUGAAGGAUAGCUUCAUCAUUGACAACAAGACAUUGCGAAAUGCAAAGAGUUCAAUGAUCGUUAUGCAUCCAUUACCAAGAAACGCCGAGAUUGGAGAAGAAGUGGAUUUCGAUCAAAGAGCUGCAUACUUUAGACAGAUGAGAUAUGGCCUUUACUGUCGCAUGGCAUUGUUGGCUUUAGUAUUAGCCCCGUAG